UCUUUUCGCUCUCCUCCCUCUCUCCUCUCCUCUCUCAGUCAAGCCUGCUCUGUGAGCACUUAGAUGGAAUAGCAGCAUUUUUCCUCUCUGGUGUCACUGGUGGAAAACUGGGAACAAGGUGCUUUUUUUUGAAGGGGGAUAAAUCACAUCUGUGUUUUUCAAGUGGGGACAGAACUGGAGGAAGCUCCUGUAAGGCACUGGUGACUGGUCGGGGUUCCUGAGCGGUGCAGUCAUGGGCAGGCCGGAGGGGUUGGCCAGGCCACCUCUGGUGUUAGCUAUGGCGCUCCUGGCUCUCUCUCUCGUCUCCACGGGGGUCUCCAGCCUCCCACAGCCGCUGCCAAGAGUCUUCCUCUCCUUUGAAGACCUGACGGCCUCCCAGUCCUUUGAACACUACAGCAUAUCAGACAAGGCCAUGGACUACAGGAUCCUGCAGAUGGACGAGGACCAGGACAGGAUGUAUGUGGGCUGCAAAGACCAUGUCCUCUCCAUGGACAUCAACAACAUCACCCAUGGCACACUAAAGGUGUUUUGGCCUGCGUCUACGAGUAAGAUAGAGGAGUGCCAAAUGGCAGGAAAGGACCCUACGCACGGCUGUGGGAACUUCAUCCGGGUGGUGCAGCCUUACAACAGAACUCAUCUGUUCAUGUGUGGCAGCGGAGCGUACAGUCCCGUCUGCGUGUACGUCAACAGGGGCCGCAGACCAGAGGAACAAGUUUUUCACAUCGACUCCAGGACCGAAUCUGGAAAAGGGCGGUGCUCCUUCAACCCUCAAGUGAACACAGUCUCCGUCAUGCUCAACCAGGAGCUGUUCUCAGGCAUGUACAUUGACUUCAUGGGGACAGAUGCUGCCAUCUUCAGGAGCCUGACCAAGAGAAAUGCAGUGCGGACAGAUCAGCACAACUCUAAGUGGCUUAGUGAGCCGAUCUUCAUCGACGCCCACCUGAUACCAGACGGAACAGACCCCAAUGACGCCAAACUCUAUUUCUUCUUCCGUGAGAGGCUGACGGAUAACAGUGGAAACACUAAAAAUAUCCACACCAUGGUGGCCAGAGUGUGUCCAAGUGACAUUGGAGGACAGCGCAGCCUGGUGAACAAAUGGACCACGUUCCUCAAGGCCAGGAUGGUGUGUUCGGUUCUGGAGGAGGACGGCACGGAAACUCACUUUGACGAACUGGAAAAUGUGUUUUUGCUGGAAAGCGAUCAGCCCAAGGGCCUGUUGGUAUUUGGAGUCUUCACAUCCACAAGCUCCGUGUUUAAAGGCUCGGCGGUGUGUGUGUACAACAUGGCCGACAUCCUCACAGUCUUCAACGGGCCCUUCGCUCACAGAGAGGGGCCCAACUUUCAGUGGGUGGCAUUCCAGGGACGCAUCCCAUACCCAAGGCCCGGAACUUGUCCCGGUGGAGCCUUCACACCUGACAUCCAUACGACAAAGGAGUUCCCAGAUGAUGUGGUGACCUUCGUACGGAACCACCCGGUCAUGUUCAACCCCAUCUACCCAGUGGGGAGGAGACCUCUGGUGGUUCGGACCAACGCUGACUACAAAUACACAUCGGUGGCAGUGGACCAGGUUUUGGCUGCCGACGGAAACUACCAAGUGUUGUUCCUGGGCACAGACAAAGGUACAGUACAGAAGGUAAUUGUGCUGCCAAGCAAUCAAUCCCUGCAUGAAGAUCUGAUCCUGGAGGAGCUGGAAGUGUUUAAGAAUCAAGCUCCUGUUACAAACUUGAGAAUAUCCUCAAAGAAACAACAGCUGUACGUCAGCUCCGAGUUCGGGGUCUCGCAGGUCUCCCUGCACCGUUGCCACGCUUACGGCUCGGCUUGCGCUGACUGCUGCCUCGCCAGAGACCCCUACUGCGCCUGGGACGGACUCAGCUGCUCCCGCUUCUACCCCACCAGCAAAAGGAGGAGCAGACGGCAGGACAUUAUGCACGGAAAUCCGCUCACUCAGUGCCGAGGAUUCAAUCUAAAAGCCUACAGGAACGCAGUGGAGAUGACACAGUACGGCGUCAAGAACAACACCACCUUCCUGGAGUGUCUUCCCAAGUCUCCUCAGGCGUCUAUUCGCUGGCUCAUUCACAGAGACAAUGACAGGAGGAAAGAGGUGAAGCUGAGUGACCGCGUCCUCUCCACGGAGCACGGCCUCCUCAUCCGCUCCGUCCAGCUGUCCGACCAGGGCCUCUACUAUUGCCUGACCACGGAGAACAGCUUCAAGCGCACCGUCGCCAAGAUCCGCCUGCAAGUGCUGAGCGAGGCCAUGGUGAGCGUGCUGACAGACAAACAGCAGUCGCCGUGGGCCUGGGCCAGCUCGUUGCACCCGAAGACCCUCCUGGCAGCCUUCAGUCCGGCGGAGAGCUUGGCCGUGCAGCAGUACUGCAAAGAGAGGAAGGAGAUGCAGAACCUCCAGCAGAGGCAGCAGCCGCCUCAGCCGCCAGGGCCUCUCAGGGGGGACCUCGCCAAACUGAAGCCCCUGCUGGACCGGAGGAAGAUCCGCAACCGGCGCAAUCACCUCCCAGAGGUCUGACACAGGGGAGGUGCAGACACUGACACGAAAACCUUCCUCUGUUUCUAUCCCCUCAUUAUCCAACUCUCAUCUCAAACUGCAGAGCUGCACUGUGGAUGUACAGUAAAACGAGGAGGUGGGUGCAGGGAGUUGUUAUUCGGCAAUAUCUCUUUUUCUUGCAUGAGGUUCUGUGACCAGAUGGCUGUGACACACACUAGUACACACGCACAGGCACCCAGGAGCAAUUUAUUUGCUGUUGCAGUCACAACCCAAACUGAAGUGGCCCUGUUAUGAGUGCCACUAAUAAACUGCAGUUGGUAUUGCUUAUGAAAAUACACCCUGAGACGCAGCUACGGUCGAUGAUCGUAUCAUAUUUUAGAUAUUAGAGGAGAAAUUGGACCGGCCAGAUAUUAGCUCACAAUGGAUUUGUUCACAAACAGAGGAAGUAAUUUGAAAUCACAAUAGUAAAUAGGGGAGAUUGAAAAGGGACAAAAGGGAGAUUGAUGCAUGCUUGAGAGUGAGCGCCCUCUCAAAGUAUAAUAUCAGUAUUUUAUUAGAUUCUACUCACAUUUCUGUAUUUACUUUGAACUAACAAAGUUGUCUCUGCUCUGUGAAAUGACUGAAAGUGGUUCGCGGGCACAUGUAGGGUAAUAAAAAGUCAAUUUAUGAGAGAAAUAUGCUUUAUUUUCUCAUGGGUUGACUGCCUCACGCACUAUCUGCAAUAGCACUGUUAAUACAAAAUGCCGAUGAUAAGUGGUACCAAUAAAAAGUGUUUCAUUACAGCGCUGUAAAUUUAAAAGGAUUUAGAUCAAAGGCCGACUUAAAGGGGAAGUUUGAUAUUUUUCAACCUGGACUUUGUUUUCCCAAGUUGUUGUGUCGAAGUGAAUUUUGGGUUCAACAAGUUUUGAAAGUGGUUCAGUAUUGAGCGAGAGGGCUGCAGCUGCCAGCAACUAAAAAGGCUGUUAUGUAACCAGUUGGGGCAUUUGUGCACCUUCAGUUUAUGUCUACUAACAGUGCUUGUUUUUGCUGCUGACAGGCUCAGAUUGUUAUAGUAAGUGUUUUACAGCUGAUGGAAAGGAUCCCUACGGAGAUGGACCUUUUUUUUAAACCAGUAACAGUGCCACAAUUGCCACCACCAAACCCACCAGACUCCAUUUAAAUAAACGGUAAUUUUGUCAUUGUUAAACACACUCCAUUUAAAGUUGACAGAAAAAUUCAGAACUCACAAAAACCAUCUUGGUUUGUCUUUCAACUGUUCCAACAAUCGCCAACUCUGGUUUGGUUGAAAUUAACCCUUAAUUCACCAAGUUAGAUGUGAAAAUAUGCUGACUCUAAACACCCUUAAAUUACUGCUUAUUUAAAUGGAGUCUGGUGGGUCCGGUGUUGACGAAUUUUGGGGCUGUUUCUCGUUAAACAAAAAGGUCUAUCUGUGGGGAUUAUUCAAAAAUUUUAUCGAACUCAUUCGGGGAAUCUAUGCACCGUCAAUUCAUGUCCACGAAAAGUGUUCAGAUUAUUAUUCUAUGAAAAAGAUCCCUACAGAGAUAGACCUUUUUGUUAGAGUAUGAGUUUGUUUAGCUACAAACAGCCCCAGAAUCACCAUCACUAAAGCCAGACACCAUUUAAAUAAAAUUUUAGCUUAAAUAGGGCCAGCGUAAUUUCACAUUUAACUGAAUAAAUUGAGGUUUUAUUUCAAGACAAAGCAAGACGUCUGUUGUUAGUUUUAUUUUGUUUCUGUUGACUCUUAAGUCCAGUUUCCACCAAACACUUUUGGU